AUGAGCACCAUCACCUCCAACGGUGUCAAAGCCUACGAAGCAGCCUCACACGAACUCACCCUUCCCUCUUCCGAACCCCGUCCAAUACUCAUCAUAGUCAUGGGACCCGGGUCUUGUGGUAAAUCUACCAUAGGCGAGUCAGUUUCCCGGGCUCUUCAUCUACCAUUCGUAGAUGGCGACUCCUUGCAUCCUCAGUCGAACAUCGACAAGAUGUCAUCAGGCACACCAUUGAACGAUGAUGACCGUUUACCAUGGUUGGCGUUGAUACGGAGUACGGCGGAGAGGGUGUGUAAGGAGCAAUGGGACAAGAAGGAGGUGUAUAAGAGGGAAGAAGGGGGCGUGGGGAGAGCAGGGGUGAUCAUAGCGUGUUCGGCUUUGAAAAGGUGGUAUAGAGAUAUAUUGCGGGGAAUAGGAGAUGCUCCCAUCGAUCACCCACACGCAACAUCAGAGAAGAAAGCACAUAAACCAGCAACUGACAAUCUCCUCACCCUCUUCCUCUACUGUCGCGGUUCGAGGAUACUGCUCGAAGAACGGAUAUCAGCUCGACAGGGACAUUUUUUCGGACCGAAAAUGUUAGAUUCGCAAUUGACAAUAUUGGAAGAUCCUGUUACUUCCGGCGAAGAGGGUGUGGCAGUGGUAGAUAUCGAAGGAGGUAGGGAGGACGUGGCAAGACGGGCGGAGAGGUCAGUGAGGGAGUUGGUCGGGAGCGAGGAAGGUAUGAGAUAG